UCUUUCAGUUUGUGAUUGGCUUUUGUGGAUAUCGGUUCGUGCUCCUAUAAUCGACUGCGUGUGUUUGCAAAUAAAAUAAAAAUAUCAACCUAAAUAAACCUUUUCAUCAAAUAAAUAAACAAAACUAUUCAUCAAAAUGGUCGACAAAAUCGAAAUGAGCUUAGAUGACAUCAUCAAAUCAACAAAAGGCCUCAAAGUCCGUCGAGGAGCUGGUCAAGCCCGUCGUGGUGCUGGUGGCGGCGGUGGUGCUGGCGGAGGCAGACCAAUUCGCAAGGGAGGUCGUCCCAUGCAAGGCGCACAACGCUCAUCCGGAGGUGGAAGUGGAGGCGGUUCCGUCCUCAAGGGCCGUAAUCGUGGCGGCAUCCAAAAAUCUAAUUUUCCCAGGGGUGAUGUGAACAGCGCUUGGAAACACGAUAUGUACGAUGGACCUAAACGCGGACUUGGCGGCGGCGGUGGCGGUUUGAAAACCUCCAAUGGUGGAGUUAGUAGCGGACCAUCGAAGUUGCUCGUCUCGAAUUUGGAUUAUGGAGUAUCGGAGUCAGAUAUCCACGAGCUGUUUGCUGAUUUUGGACCAUUGAAGAGUGCUUCGAUGCAUUAUGACAGAUCUGGACGUUCUUUGGGAACGGCUGAUGUGGUCUUUGAACGAAGGGCUGAUGCUGUGAAGGCAAUGAAACAAUACAAUGGGGUUCCAUUAGAUGGUAGGCCCAUGAAUAUUCAACUUGCCACAUCCGAGGUGCCAUCGCCUGUGAGCAAAUCCCGGCUGGCCAGCGGCCCAAGCAGCAGACCACGACCACAAGUUGGAGGUGGUAAUCUUCGCAGAGGCCCAGGAGGACCUAGACGAGGAGGUGGUGGUGGAGGUGCUCCACGCUCAGCUGGAGGUGCAGGAGGACGACGCAAUGGAACACCCAAGGCCCCAGCGCCGACAGCCGAAGAACUAGAUGCGGAACUAGACGCCUAUGUUAAUGACAUGAAAUAAAUUUUAUCUUAGAAAGUACAAAAACCUCAAUCAUCCUAUAAAUUAAAACAAACAAAACAAAAAAAGCAAACCCUAGACUUAAAC